GUGGCUUGAAUGAGGCAUUGGACAAUGCAUUUUCCAUCAAAACGUGUGUUCAGAUAGUAAGGAUAGUAAGGGUCACAUAUCCGGGGCUAACCAAACGCUAAUUAGAAUCCUAGAUGCCCUUCGGUCGACUUCUGAGCUGUCUUGUAAGAGCUGGUUUGACAUUGCCAAAGGUUCAGUUUGGUCCGAGAGCAGUUUCUGGACUAUUGCAUUCCAUCCCAUCACACAACUUGUGCAGCAUGGCUGACGAGGACGGCGGAUACGUGGUGCGCAUGAGGGGUCUCCCAUGGUCUGCCACUUGUGAAGAAGUGAAAAAUUUCCUUACAUCUGAAGGUUGUAAAGUAAAGGGUGGGGAUGGAGGGAUUCAUUUCACAUUCUCUAAAGAGGGAAGACCAAGUGGUGAGGCAUUUGUGGAGGUUGAAACUUCAGAAGACUUCGAGAAAGCACUGGCCAAGCACAACCAGCAUAUGGGUCACAGAUACAUUGAAGUGUUCCGGUCCAAGGUGUCUGAGAUGGAGUGGGUAGUGAAGCACAGUGGGCAGGACCAGGUCAACGAUGGCAUCGUCCGGUUACGGGGCCUGCCAUUCGGCUGCUCGAAGGAAGAAAUUGCUCAGUUCUUUUCAGGGUUGGAGAUAGUGCCCAAUGGGAUAACACUACCCACAGACUACCAGGGGCGCAGCACGGGGGAGGCUUUUGUGCAGUUUACAUCACAGGAUAUAGCUGAAAAGGCUCUGGGGAAACACAAGGAAAAAAUAGGGCACAGGUACAUUGAGAUCUUCAAGAGUAGCCGGAACGAGGUUCGCGAAUGCAUGAGCCCCAAGCCUCGUCCUCUAAUGUCCAGCCGUCCUGGACCUUACGACAGACCGCCCCCACGUGGUUACGGUGGAGGUGGCCGUCCUGGCAUGUACGAUCGGCGCAUGCGGGGAGGAGGCACUGGCUAUAGUGGCAAUUUCUACCAGGAUGACUAUGAUGGCUACGAGGACAGAUACGACAACUAUGGCGGUGGCAGAGGGCGCGGUGGCAGAAUGGGGAGAGGCGGCCGCGGUGGUGGAUUUGGAGGUGGUCGUAUGUACGGGGGUGGCUCUGGACACUUUGUUCACAUGAGAGGACUGCCAUUUAAGGCAGCAAGUGAGGACAUUGAACAGUUCUUCCAGCCACUGGUCCCCAUGAAGGUCCAGAUCCACUAUGGCCCAGACAAGCGAGCGACAGGCGAGGCAGAUGUGGAGUUUGCCUCUCAUGAUGAUGCUGUAGCUGCCAUGGCUAAGGAUAAGGCCAACAUGCAACACCGGUACAUCGAACUGUUCCUGGACUCCGAGGCUUCUUCUGGUGGUGGAGGCGGCGGCGGAGGCGGCAGUGGCGGAAUGGGAGGUGGUAACUUCGGAGGUGGUCGCAGCAACAUGGGUGGAGGCAUGGGGGGGCACAGUGGAGAUGGAUCUACAGGAGGUUUCGGCCAAGGCAAUAGUGGUGGAUAUGGGGGUGGAGCUGGCUACAAUCAGGGGGGCAUGGGGGGCUUCGGAGGGUUUGGUGGACAGGGCAACAUGUCACAGGGUAUGAACCAAGAUGCCUCUAAGAACUUCACCCAAGGAACCAAUGCCAAUGGCAGCUUUGGGGCCUAUGGUGCUCAGGACAUGACCAUGGCCCAGGCAGUAACAGGACAAGGUAACAUGGGAGGCGGCUUCUAUGGAUCCGGUACCGGUGGCAACAUGGGCGGCAACUACAACCAGCAGGGCAUGGGAGGUGGCAUGGGAGGGAUGGGCGGAGGCAUGGGUGGGGGCAUGGGCAACAUGGGCAUGGGGAACAUGGGCAGUCAGCAGGGCAUGGGGUCCGGCAACAUGAUGGGACAGGGGGGAGGCUGGGGCAUGUAAGGGAACACUUGGUAAGUCUUGCAGCAUUCGUUGUACGACUUUCAUCUCAAAGAAUUUUCAAGCAGGCUGUGACAGAACCGCCAAGGAUUUAAGACAGCCUUGUUGGUAACAGGAUUUUGUUGUAACAGGACGUUGCAUUUUGUACAACAUAUGCACGUCCAUCUCAAGAAAGCCCUCAGUUUGCGAUGUAUGACGAUUGUGAUCAUGCCCAUAAUGAUAAUUGAACAUACACCUCUGAAAGUUGUACAUGUUAUCACUCUGACAUGCCCAUCAACAUGGUUUAGUUUAUGAUGGUUGUCAUUGGUUCUUUGUAUUACACUGAUAGUAAGGCAUACUUUUUGUUAGGUGGUACAACUACGGACUAAAGACAAUGGUUUAGAAUCUUCAGGGGAGCUUUUUGUUCAGACUUAUAUUUCUUUCAAUUGUGAGGGCAAGAACAUUGCUACUCUAGAGAGUUGAAUAUGUAUACAGACUGCCAAUACAUAGAGCUGACUUGACAGUACAGGAGUUGACUAUUGACUAAUCAGUGUAUUGUUGUGACUUAGUGUUUUUUUACCAAUAAAUGCCAUUCCCACGGA